GCGAGGAGUGCUCAUAAAUCAUUCUGGUCGCACAGGUCUACUCGGUGCCACAGCUCGGUUGGCGUGACAAUGAGACAGAUGGUCCGCGGUAUGCUUGUUGACGUCGCUUGAGGCUCGGAACGAGUGCAGUAUUGAUACCUUCGUAUCUUUUAAGGAUUAAUGGCAUUCUCUAUAUUCUUGACCGCCGGUCAGCAAACUGCGCUCCGUACAAAUCUGCUCUUUCGCAUGUCCUCAUUUGCUGAUUUGUGCCACCACGAACUACGUGCUACCAUGCCAACAAGGUUGGGUCGAAGAAUAUUCCCAAGAUUUUCGAUAUCGAUUUGUGUUGGAAGACGUUGCACGCAGGCCAAAAAAGAAAAGGCCACGUGAAGAAAUUAUGAACAGUGGACAGAAAAUAUAGCGACUUCGAAGGUAAGUCAGGAUGCAAAGGGUAUGAGCUUCGUCACUCUCUCCGUCUCCUCGAAAAUUUCACAUACGAGUAUACAGUUUGCAGUAUUAUUCGUGAAAACUACCAAGGUACCUUCGUAAUACGAAGGUACGAAGGUACGAAGGUAAUAAAUAAAGGAUUUUUUUCGCCAGCGAAAUUCCUGAAGACGAAUACAGAUUUCAGUAACGCUUGCAUGAUUACCGGGCAGAAACUAGUAGGAAAUCGCUUUCUAACAUAAAUAAUGCAACCGCGUUUGAGGCU